GGUCCCAACCUCUCAGUCUCUCUUUUCUCCGUUCAAACUCUCUCUGUCUUCCAUUUUAUCAGGCUCUCUUGUUUGAUCACAAGGCUUACAGAGAUUUGUUCACUACUUGUCUCCUCUCCAAGCCUAGCUUUCUUGUGGAUCUGUAAUAGCUGAAGCUAACGGAGUUGUUCGAGGCCAUUAGUGAAUAUAGACUUGGAGUGAAGCGUUGGUUCAGUUAUAUAGUCGGAAAGUCGCAGGAUAAUCAAGAAUUGGUUGACAUGGAUGCCUCUUCAUCUGUUCCUUCAUCAUCAGCAGCUCGUCCGUGGAUGUAUGAUUUGUUUUUGAGUUUCAGGGGUCCUGACACUCGAAGGAGUAUUACAUCCGAUCUAUACGAUCGGCUGCAAAAGAGAGGAAUUAAAACAUUCAUGGAUGACCAAGAUCUUCAAGUAGGGGAUGGGAUUUCUUCCACUCUCAUAGCAGCAAUUGAAAAAUCAAGGUUUGCAAUCGUUGUUCUGUCGGAAAACUAUGCUGAUUCUGCUUGGUGUUUGGAGGAACUUACAAAGAUUUGUGAGUGCAAGGAAGAAAGCAAAGGAAUUUUUCCACUUUUCUAUAAUGUGGACCCCUCUGAUGUUCGGCACCGGAAGAGGAGUUUCGGAGAAGCUUUAAAUAAGCAUGGAAGCUCUGGGCGACACGCAUCAGAGAAGGUGCAGCGGUGGAAUGAUGCUUUAUACAAAGUGGCUAGUUUCUCUGGGUGGCAUACAAAGGAUUACAAGACUGAUAGAGAACUUGUGGUGGAAAUUGUGGAUUUUGUGUGCAGUAAAAUACAACUGGAUAUUCCAAUGUCUACCGGAGAUUUUGAAGAGUUUGAAGCAACAAAAAAAGCCAUGGAUGAUGUUGUGAAGGCGCUUAAAGAUGACAAGGUCACUGCCAUUGGGGUCUACGGAAUGGGCGGUGUCGGCAAGACAACCAUGGUAAAACAUGUUGCUGCACAAUCCAAAAUAGGUGGGAUUUUUGAUUAUGUGAUUAUUGGUGUGGUAUCCCAGAGCCCUGACUUGACAAAGAUUCAAGGCACAUUGGCAGAUACAUUGGGCAUUACAUUGGCGGGAGAGACAGAAUUUGGAAGAGCUGCUAGAUUGCAUACGGAGAUAAUGAGAAGAGAAAAGAUCCUUAUAAUCUUGGACGAUGUUUGGAUGAUAACAGACUUGUCAAAGAUAGGGAUUCCCAGCUUCAAGGAGCUUCAAGAGUGCAAUUCCAAAGUCGUUCUCACCACACGGAAAGGGAAUGUCUGUUAUGUCAUGAAGUGCCAAGCAAGCAUUCCUCUCAAUAUCUUAUCAGAACAAGAUUCUUGGACCUUGUUUGUGAGAAACACAAGUAGGUCUUUUGAAUCCCCCGAUUUUUAUAAUGUAGCGAGGAAGGUAGCUGGAGAAUGCGGGGGUCUACCCAUUGCACUGAUAGCAGUUGCAAGGGCACUCGGAGAUAAAGAACUGGUGGAAUGGAAAAGAGCAGCUAAACGACUAGAGAAGUCGCAAUUUGCCAACCCUGACCAUGACGAAGAUGCUUUCAAAUGUAUAAAAUUAAGCUAUGAUUACUUGAAAGAUGAGGACUACAAGUCAUGUUUCUUGCUGUGUUGCCUAUUUCCAGAAGACUAUGACAUCCCAAUAGAAGAAUUGUUCCGGUAUGCAAUUGGGAAAGGAUUGUUUCGUGAUUACGACACAAUAUAUGAAGCCAGAGGAAUCGCACAUUCAGUGGUCAAGCACCUGAAAGAUUCUAGCUUGCUUUUGGAGGGUGAGUUCGGUGCAGUAUUCAGAUGUGAAAGUGUAAAGAUGCAUGAUGCCGUCCGGGAUACAGCCAUGAAAAUUGCAAAACGUGAAGAUGGGCAUGGGUUUUUGGUGAAAGCUGGAUGGGGUUUAGAUCAUUGGUCAUUUCGAUCACAUGAAGACUACUCUGCAAUCUCACUAAUGGGUAAUAACAUUCGCGGUCCACCCGAAGAGUCGGUAAGUCCAAAACUCCAGAUUUUAUCACUACAAUUCAAUACUGAAUUAAAUGAGAUCCCAGAGACCUUUUUCCCGAGUUCCAAUGAAUUAAUGCUCUUGGAUCUUGGCGACACUAGUAUUUCCUCUCUACCCCAAUCUUUCAGUCUCCUUACCAACCUCCAAGCUUUGUUUUUAGAUUCUUGCGAAAACUUGAUUGACAUUUCUAUAGUGGGAAAACUGACGAAGCUUGAAAUUCUUACUAUGAGGGAGUAUCCUGGGGGGAGAUUGCCGAGAGAAAUAGGAAAUUUGACCAAUCUAAGGAUUUUGGAAGUCAGUGCAACGCCAUUUGGAGAAGCUUUAGUCACAAUUCCAUCUAAAGUGAUAUCAAAGUUGCAUAAAUUAGAAGAAUUGUACAUGCUGGGGUGUGGAAUUGUGCGCUGGGGGUGUAAAAUUGAUGGGUGUGGACUUGGGCACUGGCAGUGUACAGAUGAGGACUGGCGGCGUAAAAUUGAGGGACAAGGAGGAGAAACCAAUAUUGGGUUUGAUGAGUUAGCUGGUUUAUCAUGUUUGAAAGUUUUGCAGGUUUCCAUAUCUUAUGCUUCAUACAUCCCUAAAAAUGUUGAGGCCGAACCGAAAUGGGUUUACUUUGACAUACAUAUUGGCGAAUGGGAGGAAUAUUCAUUCAAUCAACAAGAUCAUAAUUCAAGAUCCUUGUAUCUUAGGGGUUAUACCAUAAGUACCUUGCCUGAUUGGUUUAUCAACGUGGUGACAGAGAAAACAGAGAAGCUAAAGUAUGAAAACUGGGAAGGGAUGACGAGUGACAUUCUUAUGGAAUAUGACCAUGGGAGGUUACACGAACUCGAGUAUCUCCGUGUAGAUCAUGAUUGGUGUUCUCAUUACGAUGCGUACGUGUUGAUGAAUACAACAAGACGAGUUCAAGAAGGACCAGUGUUUGAGAAGUUGAAAGAGUUGCAUCUGACAUUUCUGGACCACCUGGAGGCGUUGUGUGUUGGUGAGUUACCACCUGGGUCUUUCUCGAAUCUCAAGGUAUUGCAGGUGUAUUGUUGUGAUCGCAUAAAGAAUGUAUCAAAAUUCGUACAGAGACUACCAAAUCUGGAGAAACUAGAUUUAAACAAUAUGCGCCAAUUGGAAUAUGUGUUUAAAUGCGAAGGGUUCGAGCCAGAACAAUCCAAACUGAGAGAGAUGCAUUUGUUGGGUGAAAAUUAUGUGAAGAGCAUUUGUAGUGGUCCUGCCCCACGCGUAAUGUUCCAGAGUCUUAAAAGUUUGAUCUUUUACAACUGUGAGGAGCUGGUAAGUCUGUUCGCAUCUGAUGUAGCUGAGUGUCUUGUUCAAUUGGAAGACCUUUUUGUAGAGCGGUGCCGUUGGUUGUAUAGAGUAAUUGAAGCAGUGAACAACAAGCAGAUUACGGUUCUUCGAAAUUUGAAGAACAUGGUUUUGAAGGACCUUCCUAUGUUGUAUAGUGCAAGUUGUACUGUUGAUAUUGAGUGUCCUUUAUUGGAACGCUUGUUUGUGGUGAAUUGCCCCCACAUUUCAUUUUCAACCUCUGCUUCUGCCUACUUUGGCAGCACGAAACCAGUCCAACUCAAUGAUUCACAACUGUACGAUUUGCUGCGUGACGGAACAUCUCCUUUCAUAGGGGAGUACACGGAAUGGUCCCGCUGACUUGCAAUGGUCCCUCAGCUUCUGACUUCCAGGGCAGGAAGUAACCAAGUUCAACCCUAUUGCUUUGCCCAGGGUUGGUCAUCUAGCUGAGGCUGCAUAUCCAAUUGAUACACUUGAAGCUUUGCUGGAUCGUGACUUUCAAAACAGCCAAAGAGAUUGUAAUAGCCAUUCUAGGAACCUUGGAGAGUGAAGAGAUUAGUUGACAUGCUCAAUCAGGAUGACAGUUGAUUCUUGCCACGGGUAUUUGUAAAUAAAAUUGUUAAAAAAUUCAAGAAUACUGUAAUAUAUAUCCAUGCUGAAAUUGUAGCAACACCAGUCAAGUGAUUUAUGCUCUCAUUGUGCUUGUAUUAUGGUAGUUGUUCUACAACAUUUCUGAGUUUCCAUUCAAAGGCCAGACUCAUGACCUUGAAGGUGUUUCUUAUAUCUUA